AUGGAAAGGAAACUCAUGCAAACUAUGGAGAUGAUAGCAAUCAAAAAGCGCAAGGUGGCACAAUAUGAAAGAGAGCUGGCCUUAAGCGCUUUCUCACGAGGGAAAGAUGAAAAUACCGGUCUUUUUCAUCGGAUAUGGGGUACUGUGGCCAGCGCAGCCGGUGGAGGAACCUUAAAAAUUAUCCCCUUAAACGAAUUGAGUCGAUAUUUAUUCCUUGAAGUUGUGGAGCUCCGCAAUAUGAAGGAACGUAUUGAAUACAGUAAAACAUGGAUGGGAAAGUAUUUCAAUGUGCUUGGACAUUUCUUUUCUGUUUAUUGCAUCUGGAAAAUAUUCAUUUGUACAGUAAAUAUUGUAUUUGAUCGAGUUGGAAAAGUUGAUCCAGUAACGAAGGGCAUAGAAAUUGGCGUGAACUGGAUGGGCAUUGACUUAGACGUGAGUUUCUUUUUGACCGAGUUUCUGAAUAUUACCUUCAACAAAGUUUCGCAUUAUUAAUU